AAAGUAUGGAGCACCAUAAAUUUCUUCCUUUUUUGGUGCUGCUAAGUGGUCAAACAUCAUACAGUAUUCUAUCAAUACAAUGUAGAUAUCAUCUCUAUCCUUGCUGUUUUGUGAGCAUGUGUUGCCAUGUGGCUGACUGUGCCAGGCCAUACUUUCUUCCCACAUGCUGUUGCUGGGAUACAUAAGUACAUGUAUGAUUGUCAUUCCAGCAUUCAACAGAUCCACAGCGAGGUACAUAUUAUUAAUUGGAUAAUUCUAUCAGCCAGCACCUCUUCACUCUUGGUCAUCAAUCAGUACUUAUAAUAUUGUUGGGUUUUCAUCCUUGCCAUGUCUUACAUAUCAAUAUUAUUAUUCACACCUUCUGCACCAUACUUUCUAGUUGUCCCUUUAUCGCACAGUUAGGGUAUCACACAGUUAGGAAGCUUUCUUAGAUUAGAAUAUAAAUCAUUAGUGACUAAACAAUUCUCCGAGCAACAAUUAUCAUCCCUUUGGUGUGCUGUGUGCAAGCUACUUGGUGUCCAUAAUGAUUUCUGGUUCCCUUGAAAAUUCAAUAAUGCAGUACUCAAAUUAUACUUUAAUUUGCAUGUCAUUGGAAUUGUGGAGUUAGGCAGAUCGCUUCCUUCACAUUCUAUUGGAAACAUCCCUGCUGGCCUGGCAGCGACACAGAUGUGUUUCCAGCUUGAACCAGCUGUAACCCGAUGCUACCACCCGUCCUCCACUUGUAAUGGUCGGGUUCACUGAUUAGGCUCCGUCCUGCAUGUCUUCCUUGAUCACAUUGCUCUAAUAAUCUCCACGAACAGUACGAUAAUGUGAGAGGAGCUUUCCGAAAUUUCAUUUAGUUCAUUUGGCUUUUGUAAAUUGCAUGCAAGCAGUCCCAGCAGGUUGGAGCUAGUUUUUCCCUCCUUAAAACGGUCUUGUGAUUAGAUAGUCAGCAUGUUGCUAACUGUGUAUGGGUUUGAUCGGGCAUCAAGGAUCCUUUGUCAGAUGGAGGAUCAUGGACCCUUCAAUGACCUGGAAUUGAUGAAAACAAAGCCUGCACACCAGGCUGUUUUCCUUCACUACCUGAUGUCGAACAGUGAUCCAUCCAGCCUGUUCUUCAUCAUCGUGACGGACAGCUACAAGAAUGGCACCAUGAAGGAGAUGCGAAAGUGGGCGUAUGAGAUCCACUCAACGUUUCUUGUUGCAUCAGCGCCCCUAAGGAUACAUGUGGAUGAUGGGAUAGUGAGAGCAAUAGAUGAGGCCCUGAAGUACAAGUCCAAUGAUGAGGCCAGUCUUCGAGGUUUGUUCCAAGCAGCACAGAAUAUGGCCAGUUUGGUGGUCAAGGAACAGCUACAAGACUUCAGAAACAAGAGAGCCCUGGGCCUGGGAAGCCUGUUUGGUGACCAACACCUGCAUGACAUCCACCUGGACCAUGCCAAAGAGAUGAAAGUGGUGGAGCAAACCCUGCUGCCACAUCUGGACCAGUUCAUGGAGGAAGGAGACCUUGUUGCCAAUUACAUGGGUAGCAGGUUUGAUGCGCACAGGUCCAAUUUGGAAACGAGAACGCCAGCCACUGCCAGGAAUUCGGCGAUGGCAUCCUGUAUCGUGACCUUCAUGAAGCAGGUGGGGGUGAAGAUCCAGACGUCGGGUAGCCAGGUCAGCCCGCUGGAUCGCUGCCCAAGCUUCACCGCAAAGGACAAGAGAUUCAAGUUUAGGGAGAAGAACAAAAAGAGCGUUGUCAGUGUGAAGGGCCACCACUUUGUGCCCAUGCACUACACAGCACUGGCCUUCUGUAACCACUGUGGAGGGGUGCUAUGGGGUAUUGGCAACCAGGGAUAUCAGUGUCAAGAUUGUGAGUAUAACAUCCAUAAGGGGUCCUGUAUCGAUGCAUGUGAGGACCACUGUGUUGGUGGUAACCUCAAGGGUGCCCAGUCAACAAGGAAGAAGGAGAAGAACAAAGAGAAGAGGGAGACUCGUUACUUGCCCAAAGUCUUCUCCCGGCCGUCGGAGAAGGACAGGAAGUCUGCAAUCUUGCCACCAAGCCAAAUCCCCAACUAUCCAGUGCAGCCUAUGAUGAAGGAAGAUGACGAAGAGAUCACUAAGCUAAAGGAGGAACGUAUAGUGAGCUCACUCACCCCAGGGUAUGAGAGAGACAUUCAGCAGGCAGGUGGGGACCCUUCCUCCCCUGCCACCUCCCCCCACCCCAACUCCAGGGGGAACUCUCCCCGCAGCCAGAGUCCUGACAUCACCCAGGAGCAGCCCCCUCCAGACCAACCAAGCAACAGAAAAACUUCCACAAUAGAAAGAUCUGAGAGCUUGAAAGGAAGAAUAAAUGGCCGGGACUCCAUCACCAAUGGUUCUGGCAAGCGGUCCAAGAGUGAUGUGGAUGUGGACGCUGUCAAGGUUGCCACGGAAACCACCACGUCAGGAUCCACGUCAACGUCCAGUCUGUCCAGCAGUAACUCCUCUGAGGCUGUACACAGACCCCCAUCUCCCACAGAGAUGAGCAGGGACUCAGACUUUGAAGUGGACCUGGAGCAGGGUGCCAACUGGCAGGAGACUGUAGAUAGGAGCACCUUAAAAAGUCUCAGCAAAAAGGAGAUCAAGAGACAAGAAGUCAUUAAUGAGCUGUUUCACACAGAGAAAGCACAUGUUAGGAACCUCAAGGUUUUAGAUUUGAUAUUCCACAGGCGGAUGCUGCAGGACAAUAUCCUGCCUUAUGAUGUAGUUAAGCAGGUCUUUCCCAACAUGCAGGAAGUCAUUGAUAUGCAUAGUACACUAAACCAGGCCAUGAAGGCAAAGAAGAAAGCAGAUGGACACAUAGUAGGACAGAUAGGAGACCUCCUGCUGGACAGAUUUGAUGGUGAGAGCGGUGAACAGUUCAGACACGCUGCUGCCGUGUUCUGUGCCAACCAGAAAGCAGCGGUAGAGAUGAUCCGUGUCCGACAGAAAAAAGACUCCAAACUACAGCAGUUCAUGGCUGAGGCAGAAAGUAACCCAUUGUGUAGAAGGCUGUCAUUAAAGGACCACCUUCCCCAAGUCAUGCAGCGUCUCACCAAGUACCCAAUUUUCCUGGAGAAGCUAGCCAACUAUACGAUAGGAAAUCCAACUGAACAGAAGAAAAUAUACCAAGCGCUAGAAUGUUGCAAAAGAAGUCUGGAGUAUGUGAACCAGUCUGUGAGAGAUUGUGAGAACCACCAGAAACUUGAAGAGUUUUCCAAGAAGUUAGACAAGUCUUCUCUCGAGAAAUCCUCACAUCCCUUACUUGCUGAAUUCAAGGACCUAGACUUACCAUCCAAAACCCUUCUCCAUGAUGGAGGUCUAACCUGGAGACUAGGCAGAACCAGACUCAUAGAUCUCCACAUGCUGCUACUGGAGGACUGUCUGGUGCUGAUGCAGAAGGAGGAUGACAACCGGUACGUGCUGAAGUGUCAGAGCACCAUGUUAGUCAGCGGCAAGGAGGACACCAAAACUACCCACUCCCCCAUCAUCAAACUCAACAACCUGCUCACCAGAAACGUGGCUACAGACAAUAAGGCAUUCUUCCUGGUCAGUACGUCCCAAAUUGGACCCCAGAUCUACGAGCUAGUGGCCUCAACAGCCAUGGAGAGAAAAACGUGGUUCAAGCACAUCACAGAUGCAGCCGAGGCGUACAAGGCCAAGGAGAAGGAGCGGGCACGGAGGGUGGGAAUCUCCCUCCCUCCACCCCCCAGGAUGUCCACAACUCACGAAGACCCCAUCGCAGAAACAACAGCCGAGGAGAUUCCCACUAACGAGAGGAACGGUAACCUGGAGACGGUGCACGUGGACGAGGACAGCGUGACGGAAACUCAGCAGGCGGAGGAGACGCAGGUGGACGGCGGGCAGGUGGUCCAGCCGUCGGAGGUGCUGGUCUCACAGCAGGUGGUGUACGAGGAGACGGAGGUGGUCCUCACACCCUUGGAAAAACUGAGGAGGAAAGACGAGGUGAUCAGAAAGAGUCUGGAGGAGAAACACAGACUGCUGGCUGAGAUGGCAGGAGUACCGGAGGACCAGCUAACAUCAGAGAUCGAUGGUAGAAUGUCUCGUCAGGACAGCUCCAGUCAGGAGCCAGAACCAAGGGACCUGGUCAUGGCCGCCAUCUUACAAGCCAACACCUUGACAACGUUGGUGAACCAAUGCCUGAAGGACCCAGAGAGAACACAGCAGUCUUCCCCAGUAGUGGAAGGGGAGGCUAAGCCCACCUCUCAGGAAGGGUCCCCGGCAGUAAGCCGACCCAGCAGUGGUGCCAGUGAUCUGACUAUAUCCUUACCCUGUGACAAGUUGACAGCCGUCACCUCAAGACUAAGUGAUCAACUAACCCAGCUACUGGGCAUGUUAACCAGUCGUGAUGAUGAGCGGGGGAGAGUGUACACAGAGCUGCAGGAUGCCCAGGAGGAGCUGGCUCGCUACAGGGAGCAGAUCUACGCCUCGCCCUCCCCCAGCGAGACCAGCACCGCCCCCAGGGAGAGCAGACCCAGCAGUAUGGUGUCUGUCGCCUCCUCCACAACCGACCCUGGGGAGGAGUUCCUCCUCACUGUGGCUGAUGAAGAAAUUGCUGCCCCUGCAGUGCCACCACCCCCAGCCUUUGCUGAGCCAAUCGCAGAAGAGCAGGAGCCUGUGGAGACUCCGCCCCCCUCAGAGGACGACAACAUGCUACUAGCAGUUACAGAGGAGGACUUCCCCCCUCCCCCAGACCCAGAACCACCCUACAGCCCAGGCUUCACUGAAGAUGACAAUCAACCUAGUGCUAUUUUCUAACCUGUGCUGUGCUGCCUUGAAGAAAAGCUUCUAAAUGCCCCUGUGUUGGAAAAGGUUGUGCCUUCAAAAAAAAACAAUGAUAAGAUACAAAAUAUAUUUAAGGACAGGCCAUUGUGCCUUGAAGUAAGCUACAGUUUUACACUUACAAGAUAAAGAAAAUGUCUAUUUUGAAUAUUUGAAGAUCUCUAAAGUUUGAUUCAAACCAACAAUUAAUUUUAAAAUCCAAGCACAAUCAUUGUAAAACACAAAUGGGGAUACCAAGUUGCUUGAUCUUUGGGAAGCUUGAUGUUUGUUCGAAACUUGUACCAUAGACUGUGAAAUAAUAUGUAUUUUUGAAAACUCUUUUGUACCCAAGGGUAUCUAUAUGUGUAUUGUAUUCAAUCAACUCCCUCUUUGGUAGCAACUACCACUGAACAAAGUGUACUUUUACUAUUGUGGUCAAGUACAGUAAAAAAAAUCUCUUUGUUAUAUAAGGUGUAAAAAUACUAUAGGAUGCCCUUUUUGAAUGGCACUUCCUUCACAAACUGUAAUUAUUUGAUUAUCUGUAUCUUUAUCAUCAGUAGCGGUAGUUGUUUUCAUGCGGCCUAGAGUCAUAUCAUCAAAGAAGAAAAUCUGACAAAUUUUGUAUACGCCAAGUGAAGAAUAGCAUUGCAUAUUUUCCAUCUGUCAGAGUUACAAAGUAAAACAAGGGUGUCAGAGAGCCUUCAAUCAGGUAGAAUUAACUCAAGGCCUCAUUUGGAGCCUUCUGAAUCAUACAAUCAAGAUGUUGUAUAUAAUGUACCAACAGCAUUUUAAAAGCCAGUAGCACAAGGUAUUACAUAUAAGUAAAGGGCAGAAAACAUGACAAACAAGCAGGUUUUGUAGUAAUGCAUAAGGGCCGCCAGAAGUGCAUAAUAUAAAGUUGCAAUUUCUAGUAAAGAUGAGAAAACAACAGAUGUACAAAGAGCAGUAUUAGGUGUCAUAAAUGAAUUUUGAUAUGUGCUUAAGAUUUGAAUUGGCUUGUGAAAGAGAUUUAUACAUGUACAGUAUUGGAUAACUUGGAUGGUGACCUGACCAUAGUUCUGUGGUGGCUGGGUCCUACACUACCACAGACAUGUCAUGGCUGUACAACAGUUAAGGUUCUGUCACUCCUAACUACAUGUUUAACUACUGUAAGCAUUCUUUUUUUGAGAUUUGGCCUGCAUGGAGUUGGGAAAUCAUUAUGAUGCAUGGACAGAUUUAAAAGAUCUGUUUUGGAAGGAGAAAAUGGUAGGAACGAUCCAUAAGCACAAACAGUCAUUGUAACAUGUCAGUCACUGUUCACCUGUGUUAGGAUAAGUUCUGAUGAAGAUUAAUAAUGAUCAACCAAACCUUCAAUUUCAGUGAUGUUGCAAUUCAUACUCAGGAUAGAGCCAAAACCUUAAUUCUUCCAAAUUAACAUCCUUUAAUGAGCUUUUGUCUCCAACGUGGCAUCACAGAAUGGUCUGUUAUACUGCAGUGCAGAGAUCCCCUAUAGUGGUAGAAGGGUAACAAAAAGUGUGCACUCUGAUUCCUACAGCUUCUGGGUUGUCUCACCACAGUAGUCAUGUCGUCUUUUUGGUGUUGAGCUUCGUAAGUCAGUGGUUAAUAUCUGCAAGUAAACACACAUUUGAUGUAGGUUCUGGUUAGGGAUCCCAGCACUUUGUAAAACCUAUCACAUAAGAGAGAUUCAAAAAAAGAUCACAAGGGAGGUUGUGGUCAGAACCUAUCCUAAGUGUUCUUGGUGCAUGCAAUGAAAAAUUUGAUUUUAACUUAGUGUUGUGCUUGGAGAGGGAUGGGUGCAUGGCCCUUGGAGUCUGUGUCCAUGCUUCCAGUCUGUGUCAUUAAGGUGAAAUAUAACAUGACUGCAGUUAACACUUCUUAGAUUUCUACUGAUGACAUGAUUGUCACAGGGGUAAUGAUGAAAUGAUCCAUGUUUGCUGUAGGGCUGAGAAUUGUACAUCUAUUAAAGUCAACACUACUGCUACAAUCAUGAGAUGUUUUAAAAAUUUUGGUCAGCCCUGAAUGUAAUAUACUGUUAUGUUACCAUGUGUAGCCUCUAUGUUUAUAUGUCUGGCUGAAUAUACAUGAUAAGGCACA